AUGGCCAAGCAGAAAAUUAUGAUGGAAUUCUGUCUCCUUUUUGCAGCCAUCUGUAGCUCCGUGUCCAGUGAUGAAUGGAAGGCCAAUAUUGUAAAAAGCAUUGAUGCUCUGGUUACAUCCUGUGUUGUGGUACCAUGUUCAUUCUCCCAUACUGGAGGAAACCUGCCCACGUCCAGACUCAGAGGAAUCUGGCAUGAAAAAGAUGGCACAAAAAGAAACAUCUAUCAUGAGGAUCCUACACUGAUUAAGGACAACUUUAGGGACCGAACAAAGAUGGUGGGACAUCUGGGCCAGAACAACUGCACCUUAGAAAUAACCGAUGUUAAAUAUCAUGACAAUGGUCCUUUCUGUUUCCGGGUUGAACUAGUGCGAACAGAAAACAAUGACCCCACCAAGGACAAGUUCUCCUUUGUUGAAGACUGCGUUGAGUUGAACAUGCUCCCUGAGCCUCCAAAGCCUACAGUGAUCCAACCAAAGACAGCCACUCAAGGAGAGCCCUACACUGUCACCUGUUCAGUCAUGCACACCUGCCCCACUCAUGUUCCUAAACUCACAUGGAAUCUGGAUAGUACAAACAUCAUUGUGCAUCAUAAAGAUAUUAAACAAGGAAACUGGGAAACACAGUCCAUCCUGACUUUUAUUCCUGAGGAGAAGGAUGACAACAGCGAGAUAACCUGCACUGCUGAAUUUAAUGGAGGGCUGAAAUCACCUGAAACUUUCACACUCCAUGUAAAAUGUAUUGAGAACUAUAAUCACAUCAUCAUUCCUGCUGUAGUGGGGAUUGGUACAGCUCUGCUCUUUGGCAUCUUCUGCAUUUUCAUGGCAAAAAAAUACAAGAACCACAUUGCAGAGCUUCAAAAUCAAGAAGGAACCAUGUGGAACAGGCUUUCCAGAUUAUCUUGCAGAUAA